UUGCGUAUUAUCUGCAAAUCCCCUUUUUUCUCUUCGCUUUCUUUUCUGCUCGCUUUCUCUCUCCUUUGCAAAAUUCAAUAAACAAAGAACCCUUUUCCUCCUCUCUCUCUCUCUCCUCCUGUUUUUUGUUUUUAAAAUAUAUUUCUGAUUUCUGAUUUACUUUUGUGUCUCAUCAACAAAAGCCUAUUUUCAAGCCAAGCAUGCAGAUAGAUGCAUAGCAGAAGCACAGAAAUAAGGGUUUCGCGUCCCAUUCUUUUGUACUAAAAUACUAACAGAGAGAGAAAACUAUGACAUAUAUAUAUAGAUAUAGAUAUAGAGAGAGAGAGAUUGAGAAGGAAGUGCAAAGCAGCUUGAUUAUUUCUCUCUUUUCUUCUCUUUAGUCAGAAGAGAAAAACAGGAGAGGAAGUUGGAGACAUUUGGAUUAGUCCUUGUGUCUCCUCUACCUCUCUAUAUUUUUCUCCUCACCAUUUUCUUUCUUUGAUUUUUGAGGGCAAUUUUGCGUGUAAAACACCUACCUAUCUCUCUCUUUGGUGCAUCUCUGGGCUUGAAGACUAUCCGAAAUCCAUCAAUAAUCAGGAAGAAAAUAAAGAAAGAGAGGUGGAGGUUUGGUUUUCAUGAAUUUUGGGGGUUUUCUUGACAAUAGUAGCGGCGGUGAGGGCGACGUCGUCGGCGGCGGUGCAAGAAUCGUCGCCGAUAUACCUUACAACAAUAACAUGGCUAGCGGCGCAAUAGCUCAUCAGCCAAGCCUUGUUCCACACUCUCUUACAAAGUCCAUGUUCAACUCUCCAGGACUCUCUCUUGGCCUUAAAACGGGUAUGGAGGGGCAAGGAGAGGUGGCGAGAGUGCCGGAGAGCUAUGAAGCUAACAACAGUAACACUAAUAAUAACAGUGUUGGGAGAAGGAGCAGAGAAGAAGAGCCGGAGAGCAGAUCUGGUAGCGAUAACUUUGAGGGAGCCUCCGGCGACGAUCAAGAUGCCGCCGACGACAAGCCUCCCAGAAAGAAGAGAUACCACCGACACACCCCUCAGCAAAUCCAAGAACUCGAGGCUUUGUUUAAGGAGUGCCCUCAUCCCGAUGAGAAACAAAGGUCGGAGCUAAGCAAGAGACUUUGCUUGGAGACUAGGCAAGUCAAGUUUUGGUUCCAAAACCGUAGAACUCAGAUGAAGACACAACUGGAGCGGCAUGAGAAUUCGAUACUUAGGCAAGAGAACGACAAGCUUAGAGCGGAGAACAUGUCAAUAAGGGAGGCGAUGAGGAACCCAAUUUGCAGCAACUGUGGUGGGCCGGCGAUGAUUGGGGAAAUCUCACUGGAAGAGCAACAUCUCCGGAUAGAAAAUGUGCGGCUCAAGGACGAGCUAGACCGCGUUUGCGCCCUGGCCGGAAAGUUUCUCGGCCGCCCCGUUUCAUCACUGCCGAAUAUUAAUUCAAGCUUGGAGCUUGGGGUUGGGAGCAAUGGUUUUGGAGGCCUAACUGUGGUUCCCUCCAUAGCUCCUCCUCCUCCUCCGCCACCGGACUACGGCGUUGCAUUGCCGACAAGGCAAGGCUCCGGCGUGGGCAUCGAGAGGUCACUGGAAAGAUCUAUGUACUUGGAGCUUGCUUUGGCGGCCAUGGAUGAGCUGGUGAAGGUAGCACAGACGGAUGAGCCGCUUUGGGUGAGAGGCCUGGAAGGGGGUAGAGGGGAGGUGCUGAACCAAGAAGAGUACUUGCGGAGUUUUAGUCCUUGCAUUGGGUUGAGACCCAGUGGAUUUGUUUCUGAAGCUUCUAGGGAGACGGGCAUGGUGAUUAUCAACAGUUUGGCUCUAGUGGAGACUCUAAUGGACUGUGGGAAAUGGGGUGAAAUGUUUCCAUGUUUAAUCGCUAGAACCUCAACCACGGAUGUGAUAUCCGGUGGGAUGGGAGGCACCCGGAACGGUGCACUUCAACUGAUGUACGCGGAGCUCCAAGUUCUAUCACCGUUAGUACCGAUACGCAAAGUCAACUUUCUCCGCUUCUGUAAGCAACAUGCGGAAGGGGUGUGGGCUGUGGUGGAUGUGUCCAUCGACGCCAUCCGACAAUCUUCCGCCGCACCCAACGCCGCUCGCCGACUCCCUUCCGGCUGUGUAGUCCAAGAUAUGCCUAAUGGCUACUCCAAAGUGACAUGGGUGGAACAUGCAGAAUACGAUGAGAGCGAGGUCCACCAGCUUUACCGGGCGUUGAUCGGCGCCGGGAUGGGGUUCGGUGCACAGCGGUGGAUCGCCACGCUCCAACAGCAGUGCGAAUGCCUGGCAAUACUCAUGUCAUCGGCCUUGCCCACAAGGGAUCACACAGCUAUUAGUCCGAGUGGGAGGAGGAGUAUGCUGAAGCUGGCGCAGCGCAUGACGAAUAACUUCUGUGCUGGGGUGUGCGCUUCCAGUGUCCACCAGUGGAACAAGCUUUGCGCCGGGAAUGUGGACGAAGAUGUGCGGGUUAUGACUCGGAAGAGCGUGGACGACCCCGGUGAGCCCUCCGGCAUUGUUCUCAGCGCCGCCACCUCCGUUUGGUUGCCCGUUUCGCCGCAGAGAUUGUUCGACUUCCUCCGCGAUGAACGCCUCAGGAGCGAGUGGGACAUUCUCUCCAAUGGCGGUCCUAUGCACGAAAUGGCGCAUAUUGCCAAGGGCCAAGACCAUGGCAACUGCGUCUCCCUCCUCCGUGCCAGCGCCAUGAAUUCCAACCAGAGUAGCAUGCUGAUAUUGCAGGAGACGUGCAUAAACGCGGCGGGGUCGCUUGUGGUGUACGCGCCCGUUGACAUUCCGGCAAUGCACGUGGUGAUGAACGGAGGAGAUUCUGCUUACGUGGCGCUGCUCCCGUCGGGAUUCGCAAUCGUGCCCGAUGGCCCGGGCUCCCGCGGGCCCACGUCGGGGACGAAUGGUCCAUGUAGCAACGGGGACCCGUAUCAACAGAGGGUGAGCGGUUCGCUCUUGACCGUGGCAUUUCAGAUCCUCGUCAACAGCCUUCCCACGGCGAAGCUCACGGUGGAGUCGGUGGAGACGGUCAACAACCUCAUCUCCUGCACCAUUCAAAAGAUCAAGGCUGCCCUUCACUGCGAAAGUUGAUCCCUCAGCCAAUAUGAUAAGAGAUUCAUACUUGUAACCACAAGGUUACGAGUUUAAAUCCUUGCGCUCUUGGUUUGAGUCGGUCAGCUAUAGAUAAUUAGGCUCGUUUACUUCUUUAUUGUCCUUUGUCGACUAGGGUCAAUAGGUGGGGUUUACUCAUACUCGAAAGGGUUUUAUGAUUUCCCUCGUCAUCUAAAAAAAUGGGAAGGCAAUUUAGGAAGUGAGUCAAGAACGAAACGGGAUAAGAAACCCCCCUUGCACGGUGGUAAGCGACGCCACGGACGACCUUCACAGGGUGGUGUGGGUUCUUAACACAAUGCAAGGGUGGUGGUUCGGGUAUUGACUAGGACUACCCUUCAGCUGGAUGGUUCAACAACUACUACUAAGCUUUUGUUUCACUAAGCAAUAUAUAUAUAUAUAUAUAUAUAUAUACACACACUUUGACAAUGUACGUAUUUGGUUUUCAAUUCAACACUAACUUACAGCUAACUAGCUCCUGCUUCUUGAAUUUUAAUCCUUUAGUAUUAUAGUUGAGCUUUUUAUUAUUAAAUAAAUAAAAGCGCUCUCAAUUUUUUUU